UAAUAAAUUAAUGAUUUUAGUUUUAUUUAAUAUUUUGGUUAUUUUGCUAAAACCACCCUCAUCCGAUUCACCAAAGGUUUACAAAAUUCGCUCCGUCAUGUUGUUUCAUUGCUAGUUGGUAUUUUAAAGGGAAAACAUGGUUAAACAAAUAUAUGAAGUAGAAAAAUAAAAUAAAUCAUGUUUGCAGAAAAAAUGAGUUCCAAGUCAAGUCAAUUUAAAUUGCAAUUGCUGGGACAACUUUGAUAGCGUGUAAAAGGAUCAUAAGAUUUAUGGUCAAUUUGCGUGAGGUUUGGGCUGUUGAAGACUUGAAGCUUAAUUUAGCCACAAAUUUUGCAUAUCAUCUUUUUAAUUUGGCUAUAAAUAUUAAUGUUUGGUUGCUCAGUAUUAAUUUCAUGUAUAUUUUCCUUCCCUUAUAGUAAAGAGUAUUGAGUAGAAAAUGGAAUCAUGCAUGUGGUGUUUCCUUCUCUGUUCCCAUUUGCUCAUCCUUUAUUUUUCACCCUCUCAUUCCUUAUGCCACCCCCAUGACAACUCUGCCUUGCUCCACUUCAAAAACUCCUUCACUAUUUAUGAACAUCCUUAUUAUUCUUAUAUUUGUGAUACUGGUUAUUCAAAGACGAGAACAUGGGAAAAUGGGACAGAUUGUUGCUCUUGGGCUGGAGUCACCUGCCACCCCAUCUCUGGUCACGUCACUGACCUCGACCUCAGCUGCAGUCGCCUUUACGGCAAUAUCCAUCCAAACAGUACGCUUUUCCAUCUUUCUCAUCUUCACUCACUCAACCUUGCUUUCAAUCAUUUUAAUUAUUCUCAUUUGUCAUCUCUCUUUGGUGGGUUUGUGAGCCUCACUCAUCUCAACUUGUCUGGUACGUACUUUGAAGGGGAUAUUCCUUCCCAAAUUUCUCACCUUUCCAAAUUAGUCUCACUUGAUCUCUCAUAUAAUGGGUUAAAGUGGAAGGAAGACACUUGGAAGAGAUUGCUCCAAAAUGCAACAGUUUUAAGGGUGCUUGUUUUUGAUUAUGGAACAGAUAUGUCUUCCAUUUCAAUCAGGACACUCAAUAUGUCUUCCUCUUUGGUUACUCUUAGUUUGGGAUGGACAUGGCUAAGAGGAAACUUGACAGAUGGCAUUCUCUGUUUACCAAAUCUUCAGCACUUGGAUCUUUCAUUUAAUUCGGACCUUGAAGGUCAGCUUCCAGAAGUUGACAGAUGGCAUUCUCUUGAUUUCUUAGAUCUUUCAGGUUGUGGUUUCCAAGGGUCAAUCCCUCCCUCUUUCUCCAACCUCAUACAUCUCACUUCCUUGGACCUCUCAGGUAACCACUUCAACGGUCCAAUCCCUCCCUCUUUCUCCAACCUCAUACAUCUCACUUCCCUGGACCUUUCAUAUAACAACCUCAACGGUUCAAUCCCUCCCUCUUUCUCUAACCUCACACAUCUUACUUUCUUGGAUCUCUCAUUUAACAACCUCAACGGUUCAAUCCCGCCCUCUUUCUCAAACCUCAUACAUCUCACUUACCUGGAGCUCUCAAAUAACAACCUCAACGGUUCAAUCCCAUCCUCACUCUUAACCCUUCCACGGCUAAACUUUCUGUAUCUACACAAUAACCAACUCAGUGGUCAAAUCCCAGAUGUCUUUCCUCAGUCAAACAGAUUUUACGAAUUGGAUUUGGGUUAUAACAAAAUAGAGGGUGAGCUGCCAUCAACACUUUCAAAUCUUCAACAUCUCAUUCACUUGGAUCUUUCAUAUAAUAAAUUGGACGGCCCUCUGCCUAACAAUAUAACAGGGUUUUCAAACCUAACAUCGUUAUGGUUAUAUGAAAACUUACUGAAUGGGACAAUUCCUUCUUGGUGUUUAUCUUUGCCAUCUUUGGUGGUUUUAGAUCUAUCAGGAAACCAAUUCUAUGGGCAUAUUAGUGCAAUCUCAUCAUAUUCCUUGGAGAGAUUGUUUUUAUCCCACAACAAGUUACAAGGCAGUAUUCCAGAAUCAAUUUUCAGCCUUGUAAACCUUACUUACUUAGAUCUAUCAUCAAACAAUUUAAGUGGAUCUGUCAACUUUCAUCAUUUCUCCAAGCUUCAAAAUUUGGAAGUACUUUACCUUUCACAGAAUGAUCAGUUAUCACUAAAUUUCAAAUCCAAUGUCAAGUAUAAUUUCUCCAAUUUAUGGAGAUUGGACUUAUCUUCUAUGGGUUUAACUGAAUUUCCAAAAUUAUCGGGAAAAGUCCCAUUUUUGGAAGCACUCGAUUUGUCCAAUAACAAACUUAAAGGUAGAGUGCCAAAUUGGUUGCACGACACGAACUCAUCGUUAUAUUUAUUGGACCUCUCUCAUAACCUAUUGACGCAAUCAUUGGACCAAUUCUCGUGGAACCAACAACUCGUUUACCUUAAUCUUAGAUUUAACUCAAUCACCGGUGGCUUGUCUUCCUCAAUUUGCAAUGCAACUGCAAUUGAGAUUCUCAACUUGUCUCACAACAAGUUGACAGGAACCAUUCCACAAUGCCUUGCUAACUCAUCAUUCCUUCAAGUUUUGGAUCUACAACUCAACAAGCUUCAUGGCACUUUGCCAAAUACCUUUGCAAAGGACUGCAGUCUCAAAACUCUGGAUCUCAAUGGCAACCAAUUAUUAGAAGGUUUUUUGCCAGAAUCUUUGUCCAAUUGCACUAAUCUGGAGGUUUUAGAUCUUGGAAACAAUCAAAUAAAGGAUGUGUUUCCCCAUUGGCUUCAAACUCUACCAGAAUUGAAAGUAUUGGUUUUGCGAGCCAACAAGUUGUACGGUCCCAUUGCCAGUUUAAAGAUCAAGCAUGGAUUCCCCCGUUUAGUCAUCUUUGAUGUCUCUUCCAACAACUUCAGCGGCCCAAUACCAAAAGCCUACAUACAAAAAUUUGAAGCGAUGAAGAACGUUGUUAUAGAUACCGAUCUGCAGUACAUGGAAAUUUCUAUUGGUGGAGAUAAAAGCAAGUACAAUGAUUCUGUGACUAUAACAACAAAAGCAAUUACUAUGACAAUGGACAAAAUUCCAAAAGGCUUUGUAAGCAUUGAUUUAUCAGAAAACGGAUUUCAAGGAGAGAUUCCAAAUUCCAUUGGAGAGCUUCAUGCCCUCAAAGGGAUGAACCUUUCCCAUAACAGACUUAUUGGUCCUAUUCCCCAAUCCAUGGGAAAUUUGAGAAACUUAGAAUCAUUGGAUCUCUCCUCAAAUAUGCUCACUGGUGGUAUACCUACAGAAUUAACCAAUUUGAACUUUCUUGAAGUCCUAAAUCUUUCCAAUAACCAUCUUGCGGGAGAAAUACCUCGAGCACAACAGUUCGGUACUUUUUCCAAUGAUUCCUAUGAGGGAAACUCUGGGUUAUGUGGACUCCCACUGACAAUCAAAUGCAGCAAGGACCCUGAACAACAUUCUCCACCUUCAACUACCUUGAGGAGAGAAGGAGGAUUUGGAUUUGGUUGGAAACCAGUGGCUAUAGGAUAUGGAUGUGGAAUGGUCUUUGGAGUGGGAAUGGGAUGUUGUGUAUUGUUAAUAGGAAAGCCUCAAUGGCUUGUGAGAAUGGUUGGAGGUCAACUCAAUAAAAAGGUGAAAAGGAAGACAAGAAUGAGAUCUAAUGAAAAUGGUAGCAGAAUGAAUUAGUUGAUAUAUGGCAUGACUGGAGAAUGUCUUGUUACAUACCUGCCAUGUUUGAAAACAAUACUUAAGGGCAAGAACUUUAACACACUGCAUUGCAUGGGAGAUCUGGUUCAAAGUUUUGCUGUAAUAUGAAUGUGUUAUACUUUUGCUUUUUUUGUGUGUUCUUUUUUGUUUGUUAUGUGUAGAAGAGUGUGAUGUAUUGAGUUGCAGUUUUGAUUUAUUUAAUACGUAUAACUUUGGCAUUAAUUGGUUGUAUAAUAAUAGAUGUUUUAUAUUUUUUAA